AUGGAAAGUGGUGCAGUUUUACUGGAAUCUAAAUCUUCUCCAUUUAACCUUUUGAGUGAAAUGCACCAGUUGCGCCUCCUGGGGCACCUCUGCGAUGUGACUGUCAGUGUGGAAUAUCAGGGUGUCCGGAAAGAGUUCAUGGCUCACAAAGCAGUGCUGGCAGCCACCAGCAAGUUUUUUAAGGAAAUGUUCCUUAAUGAGAAAACUGUGGAUGGCACAAGGACUAACGUCUACUUAAAUGAAGUGCAGGUUGUUGACUUUGCUUCAUUUCUUGAGUUUGUCUACACUGCAAAGGUACAGGUGGAAGAAGAUCGGGUGCAGCGAAUGUUGGAAAUGGCAGAAAAGCUAAAAUGCUUGGACUUAUCAGAAACUUGCUUUCAGUUAAAGAAACAGAUGUUAGAAUCAGUACUUCUGGAAUUGCAGAAUUUCUCUGAGUCUCAGGAGGCAAAAGUGAGCAGUGGCUCCCAAGUCAGUGCUGCUCCUGACUCUAGGACAGAUGCAGGUCUGGAUGGCCAUCAUUCCAGUGGCCUUUUGUAUUCUUCAGAAUACCCAGUAGAACAAAUCAACAGUGACAUACUACCAGAUAUGCCACCAAAGAAAUCCAAAGAGAAACUAGACAAGAAAAAAGAUGUAAUUAAGCCUCCUUACCCCAAAAUCAGAAGAGCUAGUGGGAGACUAGCUGGAAGGAAAGUAUUUGUGGAAAUCCCUAAAAAGAAAUACACAAGAAGACUCCGAGAACAGAAGAGUGCUGAGUGUGAGGUGGGAAGUGACAAGAGUUCUCAAGACCAGAGCUCAGACAAUGGGGGAACAGAAGUUGAGCUAGUUACAAAAGAUGUGAAAUCAGAGGCUUGUAAUGUUCGUGCUGCAAGGAAGGAAAUGGUGCAGAAAGCAGGGGAAGAAAAGGAAGAGGAAAAUGAAGAUAAAAAGAAGAGUAACUUCAGGUGCACCACCUGUGAGAAGGCGUUUCUGUAUGAGAAGAGCUUCCUGAAGCACAUCAGGCACCACCAUGGUGCUGCUGCUGCCCAGGUCAUUUACCGCUGUGACACCUGCAGUCAGACCUUUGCUAACCGCUGCAACCUUAAGAGCCACCAACGCCAUGUGCACAGCAGUGAGCGCCACUUUCCAUGUGAGCUUUGUGGGAAGAAGUUCAAAAGGAAGAAGGACGUCAAAAGGCAUGUCCUGCAGGUCCACGAGGGUGGUGGGGCACGGCACCAGUGCCAGCAGUGUGGCAAGGCCUUGAGCUCCAAGACUGCUUUGCGUCUGCAUGAGCGCACACACACAGGUGACAAGCCCUACAGCUGCACCGAGUGCAAGGCCAAGUUCUCUCAGCCAUCUGCACUGAAGACACACAUGAGAAUUCAUACAGGGGAAAAACCUUUUGUCUGUGAUGAAUGUGGUGCAAGAUUCACUCAGAACCACAUGCUGAUUUAUCAUAAAAGGUGUCACACAGGUGAAAGACCUUUUAUGUGUGAAACAUGUGGCAAGAGUUUUGCUUCUAAGGAGUACUUAAAACAUCACAAUAGAAUCCAUACUGGAUCCAAACCCUUUAAAUGUGAAGUUUGUUUCAGGACUUUUGCCCAGCGGAAUUCACUUUACCAGCAUAUUAAAGUCCAUACAGGGGAGCGUCCUUAUUGUUGUGAUCAGUGUGGUAAACAGUUCACGCAACUCAACGCUCUCCAACGCCACCAUCGAAUUCACACAGGAGAGAAGCCAUUCAUGUGUAAUGCGUGUGGGCGGACAUUCACUGACAAGUCCACUCUCCGGAGGCACACCUCUAUACAUGAUAAGAAUACUCCUUGGAAGUCUUUCCUUGUUAUUGUAGAUGGCUCACCCAAGAAUGAAGAGCACAAGACUGAGCAGCCUGAUGAAGAAUAUACAUCAUCCAAACUUUCAGAUACAUUGAUGUCUUUUGCAGAAAAUGGCCAUUUUCCUAACCUGACACCAGCCCAGAACAGCCCAGCUGUACAUGAGAAAAGCUUGGCAGACACAGCUUGCAAGUCAGAUGAUCUCAGGGUGUCCCAAGACUCCGUUCUUGCCACCACUAUUGGUGACCUUAGUGAACUGACUCCACACACAGAUGUGAUACCCUCACAGCUUCACUCUCUGGCCAGCAUGGAAUAA